CCCUCAGCGCUCAACCAAGCUCAUAAAAGGCAAAAAAACGUGUGUGGUUCUCGACGUGCCGCGAAUCUUCGAACGCAAGUGCGUUACCAUCCGCAGACUCUGAAAAAGCGUUCGCGGGACGCACCUACUGUCGCCGUCGCAAUUUCCAGCGCGACGCGUUUGUUCCGCUUGAGAUUCGGCACCUUAUACGCCAUGGCCCUCGUGUCUGCCGACUCCCGCAUUGCAGAACUUCUCACAGAGCUCCACCAGCUCAUCAAGCAAACCCAGAUGCAGGGUGCCAAAUGAAGGCCUCGCUCCUGUCCCCUCAACCUCAUGCUCACAGGAAGAGCGAUCGAGGAGUGAACACAACCUAGUGAACAUCCAGAAGACCCAUGAGCGGAUGCAGACAGAGAAUAAGAUUUCUCCUUAUUACCGGACAAAACUGCGAGGCCUCUACACCACCGCCAAGGCCGAUGCGGAGGCCGAGUGCAACAUCCUCCGCAAAGCCCUGGAUAAGAUUGCUGAGAUCAAGUCGCUGUUGGAAGAGAGGCGGAUUGCGGCCAAGAUCGCAGGUUUGUACAAUGACUCGGAGCCGCCUCGCAAGACCAUGCGCAGAGGGGUGCUGAUGACCUUGCUGCAGCAGUCGGCCAUGACCCUGCCCCUGUGGAUCGGGAAGCCUGGUGACAAGCCCCCACCCCUCUGUGGAGCCAUUCCAGCCUCAGGGGACUAUGUGGCCAAGCCUGGAGACAAGGUGGCUGCGCGGGUCAAGGCUGUGGAUGGGGAUGAGCAGUGGAUCCUGGCAGAGGUGGUCAGUUACAGCCAUGCCACCAACAAGUAUGAGGUAGAUGACAUUGAUGAAGAAGGCAAAGAGAGACACACCCUGAGCCGCCGGCGCAUCAUCCCACUGCCCCAGUGGAAAGCCAACCCUGAGACGGACCCUGAGGCCUUAUUCCAGAAGGAGCAGCUUGUAUUGGCCUUGUAUCCCCAGACCACCUGCUUCUACCGUGCCCUGAUCCAUACGCCCCCACAGCGGCCCCAAGAUGACUACUCGGUUCUCUUUGAAGACACCUCCUAUGCAGAUGGCUACUCCCCUCCCCUCAAUGUGGCCCAGAGGUACGUGGUGGCUUGUAAGGAACCCAAGAAAAAGUGAAGCUAAGCAGCAGACUGGAGGUUUGCUGCUGCCGUCCUCAUGGGAGAAGGCAAGAGAGGAUUUUCUGGGAUCAAAUAAAUAUUCUUCCCCCUC